AUAUAGGGCGUACAUCUACCGUAGCGCGUGCGCUCAAUUUAAGCACCUGACUGGUUUAGGUUACUCAUGGCAAAGUGAACCUGAAGUUAAAAUAAACUAAGCAAGAAAAGACCACAGUUUGUAGAACAGUCAUGGCUGUGAACGUUUACUCCACAUCAGUAACUAGUGAGAAUCUCAGCCGCCAUGAUCUGUUGACGUGGAUUAACAGUUCCCUCCACAUGAACCAUGCCAAGAUUGAGCAGCUGUGUACAGGUGCUGCCUACUGUCAGUUCAUGGAUAUGUUGUUUCCAUUGUGUGUGCCAUUGAAGAGGGUGAAAUUCCAGGCCAAACUAGAACAUGAAUAUAUCCACAACUUUAAAAUCCUUCAAGGAAGCUUUAAAAAGCUAGGGGUUAAUAAAAUUAUCCCAGUAGACAAGCUUGUGAAAGGGAAAUUUCAGGAUAACUUUGAGUUUGUGCAGUGGUUUAAGAAAUUCUUUGAUGCUAACUAUGAUGGAAAGGAAUACGAUCCAGAAGCUGCUCGACAGGGUCAGGAGGUCACUGCCUCCCAGUGUCCAGCUCCAGGUUUGGCCAGUAAACCUCGGAAAGGCAGUCUGGAGACACGGAUCAGUUCAGUGAAGCCUACAGCUCCAGUUGCUCCGCAGAGAAUUGCUGUAGCUUCUCCAAAGAAGACAGCUCCUCCAGUGCAGAGGACAGACUCGGGGGCCAAAGAAGACAAUUUGCAGAUGGAGAUAAGUGAUCUACAGUGCAUCAUUGCGGAUUUGGAGAAGGAGAGGAACUUUUAUUUCGGCAAACUGAGGAACAUUGAACUCAUUUGCCAGGAAAAAGAAGGGGAACCCGAUCCCACACUGCAAAAAAUAUUUGCCAUUCUUUAUGCUACAGAUGAAGGUUUUGAGAUCCCAGAGGAAGUUGCUAAUGAACCAGAAGAGUUUUGAACAGUCUUUAGGCAAUUGUCUGAAUGUUAAGCUGUUGUUCAAAUGGGUGUGUUUUGCAUACACACACUCCCAUCUUCCUUCAGUCAGGUGCCUUUUGAUCUUUUGCUUUUGCAUAUUGACAUUUGAGUGUUUUAUGUUUGUAAAUGUUCUAAUUCUGUGGGGUUCGAAUAUUUAUUUCUGAAUUAGCAAAUGAUUGAUUUCAAUAUUAUUAAAGAUGUUUGUCGCAUUUUCCAAA